CGUGAAAUUUAGAGUUGUCUUCCCUUGGAACAGCUGGCAGUUGGCGUCGGUAACUAGAGAGAGAGAUAGAACUCAGAGACAUCCACGAUGGACUCGACAGAAUUUGAAUAUCCGGGAAUGACCAGUGAAAGUCACCCAGAAUGCUUCAACAAGGAAGCAAUGCCGGCCCAACCCAAAGAGAAAAAACCAGGUCAACUUCCUGAACAUCUCGUAAAGCAGUUCUUUGAAGAGGGAUACAUCUUGAUAGAAGAUUUCUUCGACGUAAAGAAAGAGCUGGACCCAGUCAGGGAAGCCAUUAACACUUUAGUGGAUGACCUGGCCAAAAAACUGUACGACGCUGGCAAAAUUAAAAAACUGUACAAGGACCUCGGGUUUUUUGAGCGGCUGACAAAAAUCGAGGCAGAGUUUCCUGGGGCCAACAUCAUACUUCACAAGACGGGUAAACUGCCUCAGGCUUUCCGAGAUCUGUGGGCAAAUGACAGGUUAUUAAACGUCAUCGAGCAGCUGAUUGGGCCCGACAUUGCUACGUCACCUGUAUGGAAUCUGAGAACAAAAACGCCAAAAAACAAUGCCACUAUUGUUCCUUGGCAUCAAGAUAGUGGAUACUUCGACAACCAAUCGUACAACGUGUUGAUACCUACUGCGUGGAUCCCCCUUUUAGACACUGAUGAGUUCAACGGAGGAAUGCAAGUUGCAAAGAAAGGUCAUCGCACCGGCCGCGUAGCAACGCAUCAGUGUUGCUGGGGAAACACGUGGUACGUCAUGCUAGAGGAAGAAGAAAUGAAGAAAACAUUAGGAGUGGACAUGGACAAUGACGUAAUCACUUGUCCAGUACCCUACGGAGGAAUGCUGCUGUUUAACAAUCUGACCCCCCAUCGAAGUCUCCCAAACAUUUCCAACCAAAUCCGCUGGGCCCUAGAUCUCAGAUGGCAGCGACCGGAUCAGCCCUUUGGACUAUAUGGCCUCAAAGACGGUCUACUUCUACGCAAAGACGGCAAAAAUGUGGAGCCUGACUGGGAAAAAUUCGAGUCGGUGGAUAGGACCACCGUCCAGAAGAAGUCAGUCGAGGGAUUCGUGGACUUGUUUGGCGCAGCAUGCCUCAGUUUGGGGAUAUAUGUCCUGGUGGACAAGAAUCAAAUCCUUGUUCUGACUCGAAGUGUGGACACAGAUAGUCUUGACGUCCCGUCCCUGCUAGAAUCGGCCGCUUAUGCCCUCAUUGCUGGAGGAGGGUUCGUGUUUCUGGUGGCUUUCUUAGGAUGUUGCGGGGCCAUGAAAAGAGACAAAUGCAUGCUCACAGUGUAUGCGAUAAUCGUCGGACUGAUUUUCGCUGUGGAAGCUGCAGCUUGCAUCUUGGCAGUUGUUUACAAAAGUGACUUUGACAAAUACGCCAAAGGAAAUCUGAACACUUUGAUGCAGACGAGAUACAGAGGCCCGUAUGACACGUCAGACUUCCUCAGCUUGGCUUUCGAUUUGACGUUCAUUUUGUUGGAGUGUUGUGGAAUUGAAUCGGGUUCAGAGUUCAACUCAACGGUCACCAAUUGGAAUACCACUUAUGUCUACCAGAGUGGAGGUAGCUACACCGUUGCUACUGCCACAAUACCCCUCACUUGUUGCGAGUUCUCCAACAAGGACGCAUUUCCUACAGACGUCACGACUUUUUACAACUCAAUGACAAACAACCAAUGUCCAAUUAACCAAGCCAACUCUUAUUACAAUCAGGGAUGCUAUGAUCAACUACAGUCUAAAUUUGAAUCGUAUCUUUAUAUCCUGAUUGGAAUAGCAGCAGGCGUUGGUUUGUUACAGCUGAUCGGUAUAGUAGCCGCGUGCUGUUUGUUAAAGAAGGACAGUGAUGUUGACGAUGAAGAUGGCUUGAAAAAGGCCGCCAAAGCUUAGUACUAGUGCACCGGAUAUGAGAUGUACACUGACCGCUAUGACGAAAUCGGAAUGACGUCAUGAAUCUCAUCAUAACACUUUUUUACGCAAUUUGUUAAUAUAUUUUAUUUUUAAUUGUUAUAUUGUUGACAUGAAUUUAACAGUGAAGAGAAAUUAAAACAGACACCAUACAGAU